AGACUCGCGGUUUUCAGAACAACUUCGAGGAUUUGAGAACUUUGAAAAAAAAUACGAGAGCCUUUAAAAUAGAAAUCACGAGGAAGAGAAAAAGGAUAAAGUGCUCGGUUGAACCGAGACUUGAAAAUCCUGCUGCAAAUUGUGACGAGAUUUUCAAGAGUGAAUGGAGAGUUUGCGAGAUCCAAGAAUUUUCAAGUCCUGUUUGCCAUUCCUUGGGGUGGCAACCUGAAGCAAAGCCAAUUUUUAAAUAUUUUAACUAUUCAUUCUUCCUUAAAGGCGUUUCCAAUGUUUCGCACACUUCUUUGAUAAAGAAUUGAAAUUGAUGCAUCAACAGCUAGCAUCAGUGCAUUUUUUCAGAGGGAAUUUAGUACUCACAAUUUUUGUCUGUGGGUUUUCAAGGUCUAUCGCUCUUGGCACUACAAAGAAAUAUCUUUCAGUUUGGAAACUGAAGAACUUUGUUAACAGAAUGACAAUGAUAAAUUAUCUACAGAAAAAUACUUUCGCAAAAUUUUUUUUAGUAGAUAAAUUGGUCUGUAUUUCAGUGAUUUUAUUGCACGUCUGUAAGUUUCUGUUUUUUGUUUUAUUCAGAAUAAGCAUCACUUUUUCCUGAGAGCUCAUUGAUGACAUUCAAUUUUGAGCGUGAGUUUUGGAUUGCUUUAUCGCAAAAUCAAAACGUGCUCAUCCAAGCUUUUAAAAUCCAUUGUUUAUGGUGAAAUUAUUGCCCCACUUAAAAUUGCUCUUUUGAUCAUUGAACCCCUACGCGAGAGAGCUAUUUGAAUAAGCUCAUGAUUCAGUGUUGUAGAAACAGUUAGGCUUCAUUGAUCAAACUUGGAAAGACACGCAAACUUUUUCGAAAAUGGAUGAAGAUAGUUCCUCUAGCAGAAGGCAAAGCCGUUACAAUCGUUCAAUGCCGGAGGAAAGCGAAUCCAGUUCGGUUUUAUUCGAGAACUCUGUAGAGAAGAUCGGACGUCAACGAAGUCCUUCGGUAGAGAGCGUACAACGUGGGCGCAAAGUCUCGCAAGAAGGCAACCUUUCGCGAAAGAUUCCGGGCUUAACAAGACGAAUCUCUGCGCUGUCUUUCUUCUCCAAUUUCAAGAAACCAGCAGCGGAAACAAAACCAACGGAUGAAAAAUUGAAAAAAUCCUUCGAGAAUACGUACCAGUUGGAGCCGAAGAUUCGUUUUCCUGAAGGAAAGGUUCGCGCGGUGAUCCAAGAGGCUCUGGAUACUCUAGACUCACAUACAUACAGUGCUCAACACACGCCGUUUCUUGUCAAGUUGCUGACUGCUCGGAUACUGGAAAACGUAAAACAGCUGAAGAUUGAGCGCUACAAGAUUGUUUGUAUGAUAACUCUUGGAACAAAAGAGUCCCAAGGAGUCAGAGUAGCAAGUCGUUGCCUAUGGAAUAGCCACUUCGAUACGUAUGUCAGUGCGUGCUUUGAGAGGGAAAAAUUCUUUGCCGUUGGAACAGUUUAUGGUAUUUAUUACGAGUGAAAAUGUCUUGUCUUGAACAUAACGGGGAAUUCAUUUACUGAUAUCAGUUUUCAAUAUUUUUGUGUAAACUCCGGGAUGAAUUUGCAAAAAGGAUAUUGUAAGCAACACUGCGACUUUGGGGGCAAUGCAAGUGACAACUAUUUCGUAAGUUAUUUGCAGACCUCUUAAUCUCAAGCAUUUAUCGAUGCCAUCUCUCUUGUCACAAGAUUUUUAUAGAUCAAUCACUUCACAUCAUAAUUUACUUCCAUUCGUACGUCUUCAAUAAAUGAGAAUAUAACUUUCUGAUUAUUAUUUAGCGUACAAAAAAUUUUUAACAGGACAAAAUUGGUUCAGAAGUUUGUGAAAUUCGAAUUCAUGUUUUGUGCAUUUUAGUGUUUAGUUUGUAAUUGUUUAGACUGUUGGGGAAAUGAUAAUAAAACGAGAAUCGACGUA